GUACAGCCACUUGUCUGAAAUGAUAUGGGGUCUCCUGCUUGAACGUGACCUCUAGUCCAAGGAGAAGUAAUAUCUUACAAACGUUAGGACUUUCUGCUUUAGACACAAGGUCAGAACUGUUCUCGUUUCCUCUAAACACAAUCCCCAAAUGGAGAAAUGGAGAAAAUCUCACGAUGGUGUCUCUGAGCUUCUCAAGACUUGAGUAUUCUAACCACUUCCUCCUUUUCAGGACUAUAAAGUUUACAAUAUCCUCGCUGUCAGACUUACGUGAGGCUUCUCCACCCAGAGUGAAACCCCUGCUCUUCCUACGAGCUGCAGAUCUUGUGGUGUAGAGGGUGUGUUGUGGUUCUGGGCCAAGGAUCUUGGCCAACUUUCUUGCGUUUGCCAGGUGAACCGAUCGCUGGAGAUCCCUGCAAAGGAUUCUUGGAGAUUUGGGGCAAUUAGGCAUCGUGAAAAUCAGCUUGUCACCUCCCAUCCUGGACGAUGGAGAAAUCCCACUAUUUCCUGGAGACAGAUGACGGCCUUGGAGAGGAUCUGAACGCAGGUGCCACGGGGGCAUCUGGGAAGGAGCCUGGACCGCAGCCCUUGGACACCCCCUUCGAGAAGGAAGCCCCCCCUUCCCCACGGAUUCGGGUGAAUCUGAAUUAUCUGUCAGGACCCCAAAAACCGGAUGACCCAGACCGCUUCGACAGGGACCGUCUUUUCCAGGCCGUGGUAGCAGGAGACCCUGAACUGCUCAAUGGCCUGAGCGAUUAUCUGCGGAAAACGUCCAGCUCUCUCAGUGACCCCAAAUAUAGAGAUGGGGAGACAGGAAAGACCUGUUUGAUAAAGGCCUUGCUCCAUUUGAAAGACGGGAUGAACCCCACCAUCCCUUUGCUCUUGAAGAUAGACAAGGAGACCGACAGACGUGUUCCUCUGAUCAACGCUGCUUGCACUGACAGCCACUACAAAGGCCACACAGCCCUCCACAUCGCCAUCGAGAAGAGGAACUUAAAUCUUGUGAAGAUCUUGAUGGAGAACGAAGCUGAUGUCCACAUCAAAGCUUCUGGUCUUUUCUUCCAGCAGCAGUGCUUUUAUUUCGGUGAACUUCCUCUGUCCUUGGCUGCUUGUACCAACCAGCUAGAAAUGGUCAAGUACCUCCUGGAUAACCCGUACCAGAAGGCCAGAUUGACCGAACAGGAUUCCAUGGGCAACACCGUCCUCCAUGCAUUGGUGAUGGUGGCCAAUGACAUGGAGAAGAACACCGAGGUCGUGGUUAAGAUGUACGACGAGAUCCUGAAGAAAGCAAUUGAGAUCCACCCUUCCUGCAAGUUGGAAGAGAUUGUCAACAGGGAACAGCUGACCCCUUUGACUCUGGCUGUCAAGACUGGGAAAGUCGAGAUCCUCAAGCACAUUCUCCACCGAGAGAUUCCCGAGUUCCAGGACCUUUCGCGCAAGCUGACUGAGUGGACUUAUGGUCCCAUCCACACUUCCCUCUAUGAUCUGACCUCCAUUGACACUUGUGAGAAGAACUCAGCACUGGAGAUCCUGGCCUACAACAGCGACACUCCAAACCGGUACAAAAUGGUGGUCCUGGAGCCUUUGAACAACCUACUUCAGCACAAAUGGGAAUUUUUCAUUAAAAAAAGGUUUAUCUUCAGUUUAUGCUUCCACCUGAUUUUCAUGCUGGCCUUCACAACCACUGCUUACUUCCAGCCUCCAAAGCGUGAGCCUUUUGUUCCAACAACAAUGACAUUUGAGGACGUUGUUGGGCCAGUGAUCGUUUUAAUUGGUGGUAUUUAUUUCUUCAUUACUCAGAGUGUUCACUUCUGGAGAAGACGCUUCUCUUUGAAAAGUCUUCUAGUGGAUAGAUGCUUCGAGAUAUUCCUGUUUGUGCAAGCGUGUACGAUGCUGGCCUCAUCCGUGAUGUACUUUGCAAAGAUGGAGGACUAUGUGCUGCCCAUGGUGUUUGCCUUGCUUUUGGGCUGGGUGAACAUGCUCUACUAUACCCGAGGUCUCCAGCAGACGGGGAUCUACAUCGUGAUGAUCCAGAAGGCCAUCUUCAAGGACCUUCUGCAUUUCCUGAUGGUUUAUGUGAUCUUCCUAUUGGGCUUUGCCUUAGCUCUCGUCAUUCUCACCGGGGACGCUUCCCAUCCCGCCCUCAACGAGUCCCUCCCGCUCAGCGACGACUCUAAAGACCAGGCCGUAUAUUCGGGGCUGCUUCAAACUGCCCUGGAGCUCUUCAGGUUCACCAUCGGCAUGGGCGACCUGGAGUACAACGAGAAGUUGAAGCACAGCGACGUGGCCAUGCUGUUGGUCCUCCUCUUCGUCAUCUUGACCUACAUCCUCUUGCUCAACAUGCUGAUUGCCCUGAUGAGUGAAACCGUUACCAACGUCUCCGGGUACAGCCAGAGCGUCUGGCAGUUGCAGAGAGCCAUUGCUAUUCUGGAGUUAGAGAGAAGCUGGAUCUGGUGCUGGAAGAAGACUCAGAAAGCCGACUGUUUCCGCUCCGUCGUCUCCCAGCACAAUACAGACGAGAGGUGUUUUUUAAGAGUAGUAGAGUUUAACUGGAAAGACUGGGACGAAAAAAUCAGCGUCAUCAGCGAAGAACCCGUGGAAAAUACCUUUCUGGAGAAGUCAGCAGUGUUGAAAAUAAGGAAGUGGAUGAUCCAAGUACUGAAUCGCUCGUCUACACUGGAGGAAGUAAAGGAAGAGGAGGUGCCACUAAGGAACAUAUGAGGAGAGGAAUCACCAGGAGGGAG